UCAGGAAUGUCUCCCUGAAAAAGGUGAUCACUUCACAGAGACCUGGAAGAAGGGAGAAAGCUGCCGGGGGAUUACCUGAGGGGAAAACGUUUGUUUAGGCUUUUCCGGCCAAACACAGUCCGUGAAGCCUUCUAGCUCUUUGAAAACCUUCACCUUCACCCUAGACAUCUAGACCCUGAGGCCAACAGGAGCUUCAGACACAUAGUGGACCGCCAUGGACACACCCCAGAAGCAUAACUCAGCACUGGUUUCUGAACCUUCCACCAUGACCUGCGAAGAGACUUCUCAGGAAGUCCCGCCGACCCCUCAAGUCUCCUUCUCAGAAAUGCUAAUGAUGGGUCUCAGCGACCUGAACCUCAGUCCUGAUGCAAACUCACCUGCCGCUCUACCAGAGAGGCUGCUCCAGCAGCGGUACCAAGAUGAGAAAACCCUGCAAGAGAGGUGGUGGGAAAGGCCAGUGUCCCCUCGAAGGAAGAUGACAAAGAUGACAUUCUUGGGACACCCGAGACAGAGGAACAUGGACCUUGUGGCACCUUACCACGUUAAAAGGGAAGCCAGGGUCUUUUCCUCUAGCCAUAGAGACCAGAAUACCUUCAGAUGUGAAUGUCGAUACUGCCAGAGCCAUAAGCCCAAUGCUUCGGUGCUGCCUGCUGAGAGGAGCCGGGCCCCACCCGCUUCUUCCUGGGACACACUGGUUCAGGGCCUCAGUGGCCUGACCCUCAGCCUGGGCACUAGCGGGACCAGCCUCGUGGAGGAAGGGGCACGCCAACAGCAGGACGAAGAGGAGAAGCUACAGGUAGAGAUGAAGCAGGAAAGUAAGGAGAUGUUUCAGAGGCUCCUGAAGCAGUGGUUAAAAGAAAACUAGGUUGGCCACAGACAAACUAUAGGUGUGAAGGUGCUUGCCUUCUAGAGGGCUGACCCCUGCCCCAUUCCCUCCACCCCCAAGCACCGCCAGGAGUGACCUCUGAGCAUAGAGUCAGCAGUUGUCUCUGAGCACUGCAGUAUGUAUCCCCAAACCCAAAAGUGGUAAAGGAAAAAAAAAACACGAAAAGACUGAGGUGCAUGUUCCCAUGUGACAGAGUCCUGAACAAAGUCAGCUUUGGAAUCUGCUGCUGUAUAAUCCCUGUGUGUGCUUCUCAUGUUCCAGCAGUAAUCAGUAAUCAGAGGAGGAUCAGAACCAGAGCCAUGACUGGACAUCCCAUCAGCGUGAGACCGGCCUUAUGCCCGGAGAGGUCCUCGACCUCCCUGUUGAAUUUCUGGAUCAGUUGGGCCCAUCCUGGGGCAGGGAGUCUGUGCCGGUGGUCCAGAACCCUGGUAGUGUAGCUGUCGUGAUGCAUGUUAUCACUUUGCCACCCUGGACUCGGCUCUCCCUCCCUCCUUUGUUAUCAACAAGAUAGAAAACGGUUCCCCCGUGUGGAUGGCUCUUCGGUGUCCCUGAACUGAGCCAUUAUAGGAACUGCCCCCAGCAAGCACCAUUCUGUCUUAAGCAAUGCCACAAGCUGCUUGGACAGUGGUUUCAAGAUUGCCCUGAACAGCCUGGAAAAGUCAGGUGAAGUGUGAACUUGCGAGUGUGCCAUGAGUUAUGUGUGUAAGUUAUUCUGAAACAAAUGCACUAUGUUUGCUCGAUUCACUAGAACUCCCACUUGAAGG